CAGAUGUUUUUUUUUUCUUUGCUUGCAGCUCCUCUGCUGAACUGUUUACUUUGGUGAGACUUUUUUUCCAUGCCAUUUUUUCCCUAAGAAUUACACAGAGAAGGUAGGAGGAGCCGGACUGAGAUGUGUGCCUCACUCUCUCUCUCUCUCUCUCUCUCACACACUCUCUCACACACGCUGCCUCUUCCAUUCUGUCAUUGCCAUCUCGGCGGAACAGAGACUGUUCAUUUCCAGCCACGCUGAAUUCAGCAGGGACAGGACACUUUUGACUUUGUUUGAGUCAGAAUUCACAAAGGAAUAUUUGUUUUCUUCACGAUACCCAAAAGGAGCAGCGAGAACAAGAGGGAAAAAAAGUAAGAAAAAAAAUAAAAAGGAUUUCUUCUAUCAUUUUUUUUUCUUAUUGAAUUAAGAAACACGUGACAGCUGGUUUUGCCACUGGAUUCCUUUACACAACAAGACGUUUAGUGACUUUUCCUUCAUGUUGUUAGUUUCAGUUUUACUUUGAGAGAGUAUUCUUAGUUUAAGCACAAUGGUUGCUGGAAUGCUGAUGCCCGUGAGGGACUUGAGGGCCAUCUACGAGGUGCUGUUUCGAGAUGGUGUCAUGGUGUCCAAGAAGGACAAGAGACCUCAGGCCAAGCACCCUGAGGUAGAAGGUGUGAGCAAUCUUCAAGUAAUCCGUGCGAUGGGGUCUCUUAAGUCAAGGGGCUAUGUGAAGGAGACCUUUGCUUGGAGACAUUUCUACUGGUACCUGACCAAUGAGGGCAUUGUUUACCUGCGUGACUUCCUCCGCUUGCCACCUGAGAUCGUCCCUGCAUCCCUUCAGAGGAUCAGGAAGCCUGCUGCCAGCCUAUCUUUUGCCCACCGGGCUGCACAGGUCCAAACUGUGGAAGGUCCAACAUCUUAUGUUCCAAAGCCAGGACGCAGGGGCGAAUCAGAGAGCCAAGAGGCUCAUGCUGAACGCCAGGGCUACCGCCACAAGAUGAUGGGUCCCGGAGAAAGAGAGGGCUACUCUGAUAGAACCCCGAGGUUUAGGGGCCGUCCACAGGCUGCAGGUCCAAUUAGGCCAAAAGCAUCAUGGGAAGUGGAGGACCAGCCUCAGUCCUUGUUUAGGAAAGGGAACGUCAUCCCAAGUGAAUCAGUGAUGAUGGAGGAGAGCAGGGUAAAAAGAGUCUCUCGGCAGCUGCCUGAUGUGAGCAGUGAGAAGCCGGUAUCAAAAUCAUCAGAGAGAAGAGUGACUGAAGUCCAAAAGGAGAAGGCCUCGGUUUCUGCUCAGGUUCAGAGAGAAGAUCUGAAACAGGAUGUGUCACUGACAUCACUGUCCUCCAAACCGGCCCUACCAUUAAUGGCUGCUACUUUGGCUACAGGGGCUGCAUGGGCUACAGCCUCAAAGAUUCCACCAGAUCACUCCUCUCCCAAAACAAAUAAAGAGAAGCUUAAUACCCCUAAUGAAAAAGCUUGCGUGAAGCCUGCUAUCACAACACUUCCUGGUACAGAGGUCAAAGAGGAGAAGACAAAAAAGGCAAUUGUUGUGGAUCCAAUUAAAUCUGCAGAGGUCAAGAUUACAGCUGAGGCGGCAACUGAAAAAGUAAAGCCCCAAGCAGUUUUUACAAGCAGCUCUUCUCAGGAAACCUCCAAAGUCCUAAUUGAGCCUGCCAAUGCCACCCCUGUUAGCGCAAAAUCUGUCAAAAAAGAUGCCAAAGAUGAGAAGACAAAAACAAUGAUUGUUGAGCCGGCUACGCCUGCAGCAGUUAAGGCUCUGUCUAAGAAGGAGGCUAGUAAAUUAAAGGCUCAGGAAGAUCCUACAAUUGCUUCUUUUGACAACACCUCAAAAGCCCUUGCAGACAGUUCUACCACCACACCUGUCAUCACAGAACCUGCCAAUAAAGAUGUCAAAGAGAAUGAGACAACAAAGGUAAUUGCAAUGGAUCCAAUUAAUUCUGCAGAGGUCAAGGCGAGAGCUGAACCAGCAGCUGAGAAAGUAAAGCCAAAAGCAUUGAUGACAAUGGCUGCUUCUCAGGAAACCUCAAAACCCCUUACCAACACUGCAACCCCAACCCCUGCCAUCAAAACCACAAAACCCGAUAACAAAGAUGAGCAGGUGACAAAAAAGGUGAAUGUGGAUCCAGCCCAAUCUGCAGCUGUUCAGGCUAUAUUUGAAAAGCCAACCGAUAAAGUCAAGGCCCAAGCAGUAAUUACCAAAGGUACAGUUAAGGAAAUGUCAAACGCCAGGGCCACCCCUGUCAGCACAAAACCUGUCAGUGUAGAAAUCAAAGAUGAGAGGCUUAAGGUAGCAAAGGUUGACGAGGAAACAAUUAAACCUACAGAGGCAAAGACCCCAGUUGAGUCUAAAAUAAAACAUGAGGAGGCAAAGAAAACUGCCCAAGUAUCUGUCACUCAGGAUACCACCAAACCCCAACCCCACAGUACCCCCAAUGACUCAGUGUUGUCCACUGAUACAGUAGGCGUGACCUCUAAAGUUAAAGUGACUCAGGCACCCAUUGAUGCUCAAGUGACCUCUGUGAAUCUCUCAGUAAAGUCCACAAGUGAUGAAGUGCCCCCAAAAACAACUAAAGUGGUUGAAUCCUCAACUCUUGAAGUUAAAACGAGCAUUAGAAAGACUCUCUCAGCACCAAUGACAAGUGCUGAAAACGCAAAACCUGUCAAAUCUACAGUAACAGAGAUUUGCACAAAACAGGAGAACGCUGAUGUAAAGAGGAUCCCUCUAGUUAAGAAGGAGGAAAAAAUAGGGCAAGAAGCCACUGAAGUCUCAGUGCAGGGCCAAAUGUUAGAAAGUAAAGACUCAUCUCCAGCUCCAGUUAGUCAAAGUGUCGCCCAGGAGAUAGUGGAAACUAAGCAAUUGGUUGAAGGAAGCUCUAAAUCAAAAAGGAAGAAAAAGAAAUCCCCUGGAGAGACAUCAAAGUCCCCUGAGGAGGAGGUAGCAGAGAUUGCCCUCCAGCCCACACCACUGCUUCACUCCGAGCCAGUAAAAGUGAGCACCAGUUUUAAGACUGAGGGAGCAUCAGCUGUUGACAAAAACAAGACUCAGGCUGAAAUCCAUUUUGAUGUGGGAGAUAUAAAGAAAGUCCCUAAAGAGAUCGAAGUGACGCCAAAAAUGGAAGUCCCUAAGCAAACUCAGGACAAGAGUGAUUCUAAAGUUGAAACACUUCCACUAGAACAUAAGCCUGUAGGACCCCAAGUAGAGCUGUCAGAUAAUGCAACAGUGAAAAAACAGGCAGAGGAAAGCAGUGUUAAAAAGGAAACACAGGGAAAAUUAUCCUCAAUGGACAAAUCUAACGUUAAAUUGGCCCGCGAGGGGCUGACUAAAUCUGAGGAAAUGACUAUCACUAAAGUGGAAACAGUGAUUGUGCAGAAAAUAACUCAAGUGGAGCUUGAACAAGCCAGUCCUAAACCUGACAAGAAAAUUCCGGCCGCAGUCUCAGAGUCACAAAAACUCACAUCAGAGACUAAAUCCCCAAUAAGUGCAGGGAAAGCUGCAGAGGAAGCUUCAAAGGGUAAGAAGAAAGGGAAAGGGAAAAAGCAGACCCAGGCACCAGCAAAAGACGGCAAAAAUGCAGAGUCUGUCCAUUUGCCCGAGGCCGAAGCAUUGCUGUCCACUGACAUUACAUCAUUGCCAAAGAACACUGUUAAGGACAGCCCUGACAUGGCCUCUGAACUGGUGGAGCAGAAUGCUUCCCCAAAGAUGACUCCUGAAAGAAUGUGCAGUGAGGAAACCAGGCAGGCAGCAGCUGUGCUCUCUGAGGCCCCAGCAGACAAAGGGGAGGUGGAGUCAGCUCUGCUCUUUGCUGAAAAAAUCAAGCGGGAGGUUCCGAAACCAAAAACAUCCUCGACUGUGAGGGAAGCACACGCAGCCGGAGAGUUAGCGUCAGCAGCACCAGCGCUAGCAGCAGAGGCAGCUGCAGCUCAGGCACAGGCCAGCCCCCUCGCCAAGCCAGAGGAGCCUCCCAGAGUUGCACAACAUUCAUCCAGUCAGGCAGCAGAGCGCAGCACAGAGAAAAGCCUCUCUGUUUGUCAGGCCUUAAAGCAGGAGGAAGCGAAGAAGAAGGACUUGGAGGAGGACACACCCUCUGCUACUGCCACACCCGCCGCUGCCCGGCCUGACCAGCCUCACCUGGGGGACACCUGUGAGUCUGCAAACUCUGACAUUGACGAGGCCGCCAUGAAGAGGAAAAUUGUAGUGGUGGAAGAGAUAGUUGAGGUGAAGCACCUUGUCGCCGGGGAGCAGUCACCUCCUCCUCAUCCACCUGUGCAACCUGAGGAAGAAGGUGAAGAACUGGACCUGGAUGUUCUGGAAGCAAUUGCCAUAGAGCGGGCACUGUUGUCAGGGGCAGCAGGGGCCAUAGUGCAUGGGGCCUCACCUGAACCAGAUUGGGACCACUCACUGGAUGAUCCGGAGGAAAAGACGUGGCCAAACUUCAUUGAAGAUGAACGAGAUCGAGUACAGAAGAAGACCUUCACAAAAUGGGUGAACAAGCACUUAAUGAAGUCACAGCGUCACGUCACAGACCUGUAUGAAGACCUUCGCGAUGGACAUAACCUGAUCUCGCUGUUGGAGGUUCUCUCUGGGGAAAAACUGCCAAGGGAGAGAGACAUGGUCAGGAGCGUCCGGUUGCCCAGAGAGAAAGGCCGCAUGCGAUUCCACAAACUGCAGAAUGUACAGAUAGCACUGGACUUCCUCAAACAUCGGCAGGUCAAGCUGGUCAACAUCAGAAACGAUGACAUCGCAGAUGGAAACCCCAAGCUCACUUUGGGGUUAAUAUGGACCAUCAUCCUUCACUUCCAGAUCUCAGACAUCCAGAUCAAUGGUCAGUCAGAAGACAUGACGGCAAAGGAGAAGCUGCUGCUCUGGUCCCAGAGGAUGACGGACGGCUACCAGGGCAUCCGCUGUGACAACUUCACCACCAGCUGGAGGGACGGCAAGCUCUUCAACGCCGUCAUUCACAAACACUAUCCCCGACUCAUUGACAUGGGCAAAGUGUACCGACAGAACAACAUACAGAACCUGGAACAUGCCUUUGGUGUGGCAGAGAGAGACCUGGGAGUGACACGCCUCCUUGACCCGGAGGAUGUGGAUGUUCCACACCCUGAUGAGAAAUCCAUCAUCACUUACGUGUCGUCCUUGUAUGAUGCAAUGCCGAGGGACGCACAUGAUGGCAGAGGAAGCGAGCUGGAGCUGCGCUGGCAGGAGUACUACGAGCUGGUGACCGUCCUGCAGCAGUGGAUCCGCCACCAUGUCAUGAUCUUCGAGGAGAGGAAGUUCCCCGGCAGCUAUGAGGAGGUCGAGCUUCUUUGGCGCCAGUUCUUGAAAUUCAAAGAGACAGAGCUGCCAGUGAAAGAGACCGACAAGAACCGGUCCAAACACAUCUACCAGUCCUUUGAGAGCGCCGUGCAUGCUGGUCAGGUGAAGGUCCCUCCAGGAUACGAUCCUAUUGAUGUGGAGAAAGAAUGGGGUCGACUUCAUGUGGCCAUCUUGGAAAGAGAACGGCUGCUGAGGAUAGAGUUUGAGAGACUUGAGAGGCUCCAGAGGAUCGUCAAUAAAGUCCAUAUGGAGUCAAGGACGAGUGAUGACCAGCUCAGCCACCUGGAGAACCUGCUGCAGACAGACAUCCGUCUGCUGAACGCAGGGAAACCAGCUCAGCACACUGCAGAAUUAGAGAGAGAGCUGGACAAGGCAGACAACAUGAUUCGCCUUCUCUUUAAUGAUGUGCAAGUGCUCAAGGAUGGGCGCCACCCUCAGGCUGAUGAGAUGUACCGCAGGGUUUACCGCCUCCAUGAGCGCCUUGUGAACCUGCGCACCGAUUACAACCUCCGUCUGAAGACUGUGGUGACUACUUCCAAAGUGAACCUGACGUCAGCCUCCCAGCAGCAGAUCAUAAAGGUGCGGCCCGAGUUGGAUGACGUCACCAUUCGCUAUGUCAAAGACCUUCUGGCUUGGGUGGAGGAGAACCAGCAUCGCAUUGAUGCAGCUGAGUGGGGCUCUGAUCUGCCCACUGUGGAGUCCCAGCUUGGCAGCCACAGAGGCCUGCACCAGACUGUAGAGGACUUCAAAUCCAAGAUCGAACGGUCCAGGGCUGAUGAGAGCCAGCUGUCGCCUGUCAGCAAGGGUGCUUACAGGGAAUACCUGGGCAAACUGGACCUUCAGUACGGCAAACUACUGAACUCUUCAAAGUCCCGCCUGAGGAACCUGGAUUCACUCCACGGAUUCGUCAGCGCUGCCACAAAGGAGCUGAUGUGGUUAAAUGACAAAGAAGAGGAAGAGGUGAACUUCGACUGGAGUGAUAGGAACACCAACAUGACGGCUAAGAAAGACAACUACUCGGGUCUCAUGCGAGAGCUGGAGCUGAGGGAGAAGAAGGUCAAUGACAUCCAGGCCAUGGGAGACAGAUUUGUCAAAGAUGGACAUCCUGGCAAGAAGACAGUUGAGGCCUUCACAGCUGCCCUGCAGACUCAGUGGAGCUGGCUCCUCCAGCUGUGCUGCUGCACUGAGGCUCAUCUCAAAGAAAACACAGCCUACUACCAGUUCUUUGCUGAUAUGAAAGAGGCUCAGGACAGGAUGAAGAAGAUGCAAGACAACAUGAAAAAGAAAUACAGCUGUGAUCGCUCCACCACAGCCACCCGCCUUGAGGAUCUGCUGCAGGAUGCUGUGGAGGAGAAAGAACAGCUGAAUGAAUACAAGACCCUUGUGACCGGCCUGAACAAGAGAGCCAAAUCCAUCAUCCAGCUGAAACCACGCAACCCCACCACCUCUAUCAAAGGCAAACUGCCCGUCCAGGCUGUCUGCGACUUCAAGCAACAGGAGAUCACUGUGCACAAAGGAGAUGAAUGCGCACUCCUCAACAACUCUCAGCCCUUCAAGUGGAAGGUGCUGAACCGCUCUGGAACUGAGGCAGUGGUCCCCUCCGUCUGCUUCAUGGUGCCUCCGGUCAACAAGGAGGCUGUGGACGGUGUGAACAGCCUGGAUGCAGGUCAUCAGCAGAUGGUGACCAUGUGGCAGACGCUCCACAUUAACAUGAAGAGCUUGCUGUCAUGGCAGUACCUGAUGAGAGACUACACACAGAUCCGCUCCUGGAACAUCACCACAUUAAAGAGCAUGAAACCCGAGGAAUACAGGCUGAUCAUGAGAAACCUGGAGCUGCACUACCAGGACUACAUGCGUGACAGCCAGGACUCGCAGCUCUUUGGCCCUGACGACCGCAUGCAGAUCGAGGAGGACUACACCAAGUCCACCCAACAUUUUGACAGCCUGGUUCGCUCCAUGGAGAAAGGACUAAUGCUUGUUAGGCACAAAGGUCAGCAGGACGAGACUCUGUGUAAGAACUACAUCUCUGAGCUCAAGGACCUGCGUCUGCGUAUUGAGAACUGUGAGACCGGGACUGUGGCUCGCAUCCGCAGACCCACAGAGAAGGAGCCUCUGAAGGAGUGUAUUCAGAAGACAACAGAGCAGAAGAAAGUCCAGGUGGAGCUUGAUGGCCUCAAGAAGGACCUUAAUAAGGUCUCUGUAAAGACACAAGAGGUCUUGGCCUCCCCACAGAAGUCUGCCUCUUAUCCCGUCCUGCGCUCAGAGCUUGACGUCACCGUGCAGAAGAUGGAUCAUGCCCACAUGCUUUCCUCUUUUUAUCUGGACAAGCUGAAGACCGUGGAAAUGGUGAUUCGUAACACUCAGGGUGCUGAGGGAGUUCUCAAGCAGUAUGAGGACUGCCUGCGUGAGGUUCACACUGUGCCCAGUGAUGUCAAGGAAGUGGAGACUUACAGAUCAAAGCUCAAGAAAAUGCGAGCUGAGGCCGAGGGCGAGCAGCCGGUGUUCGACUCUCUGGACGAGGAGCUGAAGAAGGCCUCCACAGUGAGUGAUAAGAUGUCCCGUGUGCACAGCGAGCGCGACGCCGAGCUCGACCACUACCGUCAGCUGCAGUCCAGCCUCCAGGACCGCUGGAAGGCCAUGUUCACACAGAUGGACCUCCGCCAGAGAGAGCUGGAGCAGCUUGGCCGUCAGCUCGGCUACUACCGCGAGAGCUACGACUGGCUGAUCCGCUGGAUCGGCGACGCCAAGCAGAGGCAGGAGAAGAUUCAGGCCGUGCCCAUCACGGACAGCAAGACUCUGAAAGAACAGCUGACCCAGGAGAAGAAACUUCUUGAGGAGAUCGAGGGCAACAAGGACAACGUUGACGAGUGUCAAAAAUAUGCCAAAGCAUACAUUGAUGCAAUCAAGGACUACGAGCUCCAGCUGGUGGCCUACAAAGCCCAGGUGGAGCCUCUUGCUUCUCCAUUGAAGAAAACCAAAAUGGAUUCUGCUUCUGACAACAUCAUUCAGGAGUAUGUAACACUGAGGACCAGGUACAGUGAGCUGAUGACUCUGACUAGUCAGUACAUCAAGUUCAUCACUGACACACAGCGGCGGCUGGACGACGAGGAGAAAGCUGCAGAGAAACUCAAAGCGGAAGAGCAGAAAAAAAUGGCCAAGAUGCAGGCUGAGUUAGACAAACAAAAGCAGUUAGCCGAAGUUCACGCGAAGGCCAUAGCCAAGGCUGAGAAAGAAGCUCAAGAGCUGAAACUCAGAAUGAAGGAAGAAGUAAACAAGCGAGAAGUUGCCGCUGUCGACGCGGAGAAGCAAAAGCAAAACAUCCAGCUUGAACUCCAUGAGCUCAAAAACCUGUCAGAGCAGCAGAUCAAGGACAAGAGUCAACAGGUGGAUGACGCUCUGCAGAGCAGGGUCAAGAUUGAGGAGGAAAUCCGCCUCAUCAGGCUCCAACUUGAUACCACAGUCAAACAAAAGUCUACUACUGAAUCUGAGCUCCAGCAGCUUCGUGACAGAGCAGCUGAAGCUGAGAAACUCAGAAAGGCCGCCCAGGAAGAAGCUGAGAAGCUGCGCAAACAAGUCAAUGAAGAGACGCAGAAAAAGCGCAUGGCAGAGGAGGAGCUCAAGCGCAAAUCAGAGGCCGAGAAGGAGGCCUCUCGGCAAAAGCAAAAAGCUCUGGAAGACCUUGAAAACCUGAAGAUGCAGGCGGAGGAGGCGGAGAGGCGGGUUAAGCAGGCAGAAGUCGAGAAGGAGAGACAAAUCAAGCUUGCCUGUGACACGGCACAGAAGAGCGCUGCAGUUGAUCUCCAGAACAAACACCUGUCCUUCGUGGAAAAGACCUCAAAGCUGGAGCAAUCGCUCAAACAAGAGCACGGCACUGUGCUCCAGCUGCAACAGGAAGCGGAGCAUCUCAAGAAGCAACAGGAGGAUGCCGAAAACGCCAGAGAAGAAGCGGAGAAGGAACUUGAGAAAUGGAGACAGAAGGCCAAUGAGGCCCUCCGCUUGAGACUCCAGGCUGAGGAGGAAGCUGACAAGAAGAGCCUCGCUCAAGAAGACGCCGAGAAGCAGAAGGAGGAGGCUGAGCGCGAGGCUAAAAAGAGAGCCAAAGCUGAAGACUCUGCCCUGAAGCAGAAAGACAUGGCGGAGAAAGAGCUCGAGAGGCAGAGGAAGGUAGCCGAGAGCACGGCUCAGCAGAAGCUCACCGCAGAGCAAGAGCUGAUUCGUCUCCGGGCAGACUUCGACAACGCCGAGCAGCAGCGAUCCCUCCUCGAGGAUGAACUUUACCGCCUUAAGAAUGAGGUCAUUGCAGCUCAACAAGACAGGAAACAGCUGGAGGAUGAACUGGCCAAAGUGAGGAGUGAAAUGGAUGUCCUUGUUCAGCUUAAGUCCAAGGCAGAAAAGGAGACCAUGUCCAACACAGAGAGGAGCAAGCAGCUUCUUGAGGCCGAAGCCACCAAGAUGAGGGAUCUCGCCGACGAAGCGGGCAAGCUCAGAGCCAUCGCAGAGGAGGCGAAGCAUCAGAGACAGAUCGCUGAGGAAGAGGCGGCCCGUCAGAGAGCGGAGGCCGAGAGGAUCCUGAAAGAGAAGCUCUCUGCGAUCAGCGAAGCCACUCGCUUAAAAACAGAGGCUGAAAUCGCCCUGAAGGAAAAGGAGGCGGAAAACGAAAGACUCCGCCGUCAUGCCGAGGAUGAGGCCUACCAAAGGAAGGCUCUCGAAGACCAGGCUAACCAGCACAAGCAGGAUAUUGAGUUGAAGAUAGUCCAACUUAAAAAGUCAUCCGAGGCUGAAAUGGACAGACAGAAAGCGAUCGUGGACGACACGCUCAAGCAGAGGCGAGUCGUAGAAGAAGAGAUUCGAAUUCUCAAGCUCAACUUUGAAAAGGCUUCGUCUGGAAAACUUGACCUGGAGCUCGAACUGAACAAGCUGAAGAACAUCGCAGAGGAAACUCAACAGAGCAAACUCAGAGCAGAAGAGGAGGCGGAGAAGCUGAGGAAGCUCGCCCUGGAGGAGGAGAAGAGGAGGAGGGAGGCAGAGGAAAAGGUCAAGAAGAUCACCGCUGCAGAGGAAGAGGCAGCCAGACAGCGCAAGGCCGCCCAAGAAGAACUGGAUCGGCUGAAAAAGAAAUCAGAAGAAGCCAGGAAGCAAAAGGAGGAGGCCGACACGGAAGCGGAAAAACAGAUUGUUGCAGCCCAACAAGCAGCGCUGAAAUGCAGCACUGCUGAGCAGCAAGUCCAAAGUGUCCUUGCUCAACAGAAGGAAGACACAAUGAUGCAGGAGAGGCUUAAGGCAGAGUAUGAGAAAGCCAAGAAACUAGCCAAAGAGGCUGAGGCUGCUCGGGAGAAGGCAGAGAGGGAGGCUGCUCUCUUUCGCCAACAAGCAGAGGAAGCAGAGCGUCAAAGGUCAGCUGCUGAGCAAGAAGCAUCAGUCCAAGCCAAAGCUCAGGAGGACGCUGAGAGGCUGAGGAAGGAGGCUGAAUUUGAAGCUGCUAAACGAGCACAAGCAGAAGCUGCGGCACUCAAGCAGAAGCAACAAGCCGAUGCUGAUAUGGCGAAACACAAAAAAUUGGCAGAGCAAACAUUGAAACAGAAGUUCCAAGUGGAACAAGAGCUCACAAAGGUUAAACUGAAGCUUGAUGAGACCGAUAAACAGAAAUCCGUCCUGGAUGAUGAGCUGCAGCGCUUGAAGGAUGAGGUCGAUGACGCCGUCAAACAAAGGGCCCAGGUCGAAGAGGAGCUGUUUAAAGUUAAGGUUCAGAUGGAGGAGCUUCUCAAACUGAAAAUCAAAAUGGAGGAGGAAAAUCAACGCCUGAUCAAGAAAGACAAAGACAACACUCAAAUGUUCCUUGCAAAAGAGGCAGACAGCAUGAAAAAGCUUGCUGAAGAUGCAGCUCGACUAAGUGUAGAGGCCCAGGAGGCUGCGCGCCUCAGACAGGUUGCAGAAGACGACCUGUAUCAGCAACGAGCUCUCGCAGAUAAAAUGCUGAAGGAGAAAAUGCAGGCCAUACAAGAGGCAUCCAAACUUAGAGCUGAGGCAGAGAUGCUCCAAAGGCAGAAGGACUUGGCUCAAGAGCAGGCACAAAAGCUGAUGGAGGACAAACAAUUAAUGCAACAGCGUCUGGAGGAGGAAACAGAGGAAUACCAGAAGUCACUUGAGGCAGAGAGGAAAAGACAGUUAGAGAUCAUAGCAGAGGCUGAAAGACUCAAACUUCAAGUUUCUCAGCUCAGUGAAGCACAGGCCAAAGCGGAACAAGAAGCUAAAAAGUUCAAGAAACAAGCCGAUAACAUCGCUUCUGUUCUGUAUGAGACUGAGAAAGCCACCCAGGAAAGAAUGACUGUGGUGGAAAAACUGGAGGUCGACAGACAAAAUACCAGCAAAGAGGCCGACGGUUUACGCAAAGCUAUUGCAGACCUAGAAAAGGAGAAGGCUAGACUGAAAAAGGAGGCUGAAGAACUGCAAAAUAAGUCAAAAGAGGUGGCUGAUGCACAGCAGAAACAAAUUGAACAUGAGAAGACAGUCCUGCAACAGACCUUCCUGACAGAAAAGGAGAUGCUGUUAAAGAAGGAGAAAUUAAUUGAAGAUGAGAAAAAGAAGCUGGAGAGCCAGUUUGAAGAGGAACUCAAAAAGGCCAAAGCUCUCAAAGAUGAACAAGAACGCCAGAGACAGCAGAUGGAGGAGGAGAAGAAGAAACUCAAGGCUACCAUGGAUGCAGCCCUCAACAAACAAAAAGAGGCUGAAAAAGAGAUGCUUAACAAGCAAAAAGAAAUGCAAGAACUGGAGAAGAAGAGACUAGAGCAGGAAAGGGUUCUUGCAGAAGAGAACCAGAAAUUGCGUGAUCAGCUCCAACAGCUUGAGGAUGCAAAGAAAGACCAAAACACCAACAUUCCAGGCCAAGAGCUCAUCCAAGUAACAUCGGUUACGACAACCAAGACUGUUUACAACGGCCAAAAUGCUGGUGAUUUGGCAGACGGUGCAGAGAAGAAACCAGAUCCCCUAUCAUUUGAUGGUAUCCGUGAAAAGGUACCUGCCAGUAGACUUCAUGAGCUCGGCCUUUUACCCAAGAAGGAGUUUGACAAGCUGAAAAAUGGCAAAACCACUGUGCAAAAGCUUGGUGAGACUGAAAAUCUAAAAAGAACCCUUAAAGGUAAAAAUUGCAUUGCUGGUGUUUUGACGCCAUCCAAACAAAAGAUGUCAAUCUACCAAGCGUCAAAAGAAAAGAAGAUUACUCCAGGCACAGCCAUGAUACUACUGGAAGCUCAGGCAGCAACAGGUUACAUCAUAGACCCAAUUAAGGAUCAGAAACUUACUGUUAAUGAGGCUGUCAAGGAAGGUGUGAUUGGCCCUGAACUGCACAAUAAAAUGCUUCUAGCUGAGAGGGCAGUUAUUGGCUACAAAGAUCCAUACACUGGUGGGAAGAUCUCUGUCUGUGAAGCUAUGAAGAAGGGUCUGAUAGAGCAUGAUCAUGCCAUCAGAAUCCUUGAGGCUCAGCUUGCUACUGGUGGCGUCAUUGAUCCUAUCAAUAGUCACCGUGUACCCAAUGAAAUAGCCUAUAAACAGGGACACUAUGAUGCUGAAAUGAACAAGAUUAUGGAGAAGCCUACAGAUGAUACAAAGGGAUACUUUGAUCCCAGCACUCAGGAACCUUUGACAUAUUCUGAGCUCAUGACUAGAUGCGUAGCUGACCCUGAUACCAGUCUGCUACUCCUGCCUAUAACAGACAAAGCUGCCCAGUGCUCAAGUAUGUACACAGAGGAGGAGACAAAGGAUGUAUUCAGCAAAACCACUGUGUCUGUGCCAUUUGGAAAGUUUAAGGGAAAGACUGUCACCAUUUGGGAAAUCAUCAAUUCUGAGUACUUCACUGAAGACCAAAAGAAGGACCUUCUUCGUCAGUACAAGACAGGCAAAAUCACAAUAGAAAAAAUCAUAAAGAUUGUGAUUACUGUGGCAGAAGACAAAGAGAAGAAGAAUGAAAUCACCUUUGACGGUCUGAGAGCACCUGUGCCUGCCACUGAGCUCCUGGAGUCCAAAAUCAUUGAUAAAGACCUGUACAAUAAAUUGCACAAGGGAAAUAAGACAGUCAAAGAGGUGUCUGAAAUGGAACCCGUCCACAAAGCACUAAAGGGUACAAAAGGCAUUGCAGGUAUAGUCAUUGACUCAUCCAAGGAGACCAUGUCAUUUUACCAAGCUAUGAAAAAAGACAUGAUGAGGGCAGGACCUGCCUUAAAUAUGCUUGAAGCCCAAGCAGGUACAGGCUACAUGGUUGACCCUGUUAACAAUCAGAAGUACACUGUUGAUGAAGCUGUCAAAGCAGGUGUUGUUGGUCCUGAGCUGCAUGAGAAACUCCUGUCAGCAGAAAGAGCUGUUACAGGCUACAAAGAUCCUUACACAGGAAAAACUGUAUCUCUGUUCCAGGCAAUGAAAAAAGAUCUUAUACCUAAAGAUCAAGGAAUCCGACUGCUCGAUGCCCAAACAACCACAGGAGGCAUUAUUGAUCCUGUAAAAAGCCUUCGCAUUCCUCAUGAUGUGGCAUGCAAGAGAAAUUACUUUGAUGAUGAAAUGAAACAGCUUCUCAGCAGUCCAACAGAUGAAACUAAAUGCUUUAUUGACCCCAACAAAAAAGAAAAUGUCACUUACGCAGAGCUCUUCAAGAGAUGUGUCACUGACAAGAAAACUGGUCUCCUGCUGCUGCCUCUUUCUGAUGAAGCAAUCAGUGCAAAGGAGGAGCCAACCUACACUGAGGCUCAGACUAAAGAGGCAAUGAAUCAGGCAACUGUCGAACUUGACUCUGGACCAUUUAAGGGCAGGAAGAUGACCAUUUGGGAAAUCCUCAACUCUGAUUAUCUCACUGAGGAACAAAGGCUUGACUUGCUAAGACAAUUUAGGUCAGGAAAGCUUACAAUUGAAAGAAUAAUCAAAAUUGUUAUCACAGUUGUAAAUGAGAAAGAAGCCAAGAAACAGGAACAGUCCAGCUUCAAGGGACUUAGAUCUCCUGUCCCAGCUAGCGUUCUGUAUGAUUCCAAAAUCAUUGACAAGCCAACCUUUGAACUCCUGCAGCAAGGCAAAACAACACCUAAAAAGGUCAGCGAGAAUCCCAAUGUCAAUAAAUACCUGCAAGGCUCUGAAAGCAUUGCUGGCAUCUACCUAGAGCCCACGAAAGAGACAAUAAGCAUUUAUCAGGCUAUGAAGAAAAAGCUCCUGAGACACAACACAGGUCUUUCACUGUUAGAGGCCCAGGCUGCCACUGGCUUCAUUGUAGAUCCAGUGAAGAAUCAGUGCGUGUCAGUAGAUGAGGCAGUGAAGUCAAGCCUUGUUGGCCCGGAGCUACAUGAAAAACUCCUCUCUGCAGAAAAGGCUGUCACUGGCUAUAAAGACCCAUUCACAGGCAACAAAAUCUCCCUCUAUGAAGCAAUGCAAAAAGAUCUCAUCUUAAAAGAGCAUGCCAUGCCACUCUUGGAAGCACAGAUGGUUAGUGGAGGAAUCAUUGACCCUGCAAAUAGCCACCGUGUCCCUACUGAUGUGGCAUAUCAGAAGAACAUUUUGACCAAGAAAAUGGCCAAAACCCUAUCUGAACCAUCUGAUGAUCACAAGGCUUUCUCAGAUCCAGCGUCUGAUGAGAGUGUGACCUACAGACAGCUUAAAGACAAGUGCCAAAAAGAUCCAGAGACCGGCCUGUACAUCCUUCCACUCUCAAAGCCUCAGUCUCCAACUGUUGUGGAGAAGACAUACCUCUACACAGAGGAACAAACACAGAGUGAUCUGACCAACACCCAAAUUGACAUUCCAAUUGAGGGUCUUGCUAACCAAUCAAUGAACCUCUGGGACAUCAUGAACUCAAAUUUGCUUCCAGAGCAGGAGAGGCAGAAACUCAUGGAUGAAUAUCGCUCUGGAAACAUCACUAAAGAGCGGAUGAUAAUCAUUAUUAUCGAGAUCAUGGAGCAGAGAGAGGUCAUCAAAAAUGACCCAAUGUCAUGUAAAACUAUAAGGAGAAGAGUAACUGUUGAUGAGCUCUACAAUGCUCGCAUUAUUGACUUGGAAACAUACAACCUCCUCAAGCAGGGCAAGAGGGACAUCCGUGACAUAAUGGAGUUGACCAGUGUGAAACAGUAUCUCUACGGCACAGGCUGUGUUGCUGGGGUCACAACUGACUCAAGCACCAAGAUAAGCAUAUACCAAGCAAUGAAGAGAGGUUUCCUUAAACCAGAAGUUGCUCUCAGCCUCCUAGAAACUCAAGCUGCCACAGGUUUCCUCGUUGAUCCAGUAAAAAAUGAAACACUCACAGUUGAUGAAGCUGUUCGUAAGGGUGUUGUUGGCCCUGAGAUCCACGAUAAGCUUCUUUCAGCUGAGAGGGCAGUCACAGGAUACAAAGACCCAUACAGUGGGAAAAUCAUAUCUCUAUUCCAGGCCAUGAAAAAGGAUCUUGUUCCAGAGGAUUAUGCUCUGAAAAUGUUAGAGGCACAAACAUCCACUGGUGGUAUUAUUGAUCCCGAAUUCCAGUUCCACCUGCCUGCAGACAUUGCCAUGCAAAGAGGUUAUAUCAACAAGGAAACCAACGAGAGGCUGACCGAUGAUGUCAAGGGAUUUGUUGAUCCUGUCACUGAUGAAAAACUGUCUUACGCAGAACUGCUCAAAAUAUGCAAGGUUGAAGGAGGAUUGCGCCUAUUGUCCCUGGGAGACAAGAGGCUGAUGUUCAAGGGUCUGAGGAAACCGAUCACAUUGGAGGAGAUGCUCCGCUCACAAAUUAUCGACCAGCAAACUGUCACUGAACUGAAUGAAGGUCUAGUUACAGUGGAGGAGGUUAGCGAUAGACUAUCAAGAUACCUUGUGGGCACAAGCUGUAUUGCUGGUGUAUUCUUAGAGUCCACAAAGGAACGUCUAUCAAUUUACCAGGCCAUGAAAAAGAACAUGAUUAGGCCAGGCACAGCAUUUGAACUUCUCGAAUCCCAAGCAUCCACAGGGUAUGUCAUUGAUCCAAUCAAAAACCUCAAACUGACUGUCAGUGAAGCGGUGAGAAUGGGAAUUGUAGGACCUGAGUUUAAAGACAAGCUCCUCUCUGCUGAGCGUGCAGUGACAGGAUACAGAGAUCCUUAUUCAGGCAAAACCAUCUCCUUGUUCCAGGCCAUGCAGAAGGGGCUCAUCCUGAAAGACCAUGGUAUCCGACUUUUGGAGGCCCAGAUUGCCACUGGUGGUAUCAUUGACCCAGAGGAAAGUCAUCGUCUGCCAGUUGAGGUAGCCUACAAACGUGGCUUCUUUGAUGAGGAAAUGAAUGAGAUCCUGACAGAUCCAUCUGAUGACACCAAAGGCUUCUUUGAUCCCAACACUGAGGAAAAUCUAACCUACCUCCAGCUCAUGGAGAGGUGCAUCACUGAUCCUGACACAGGCCUGGUGCUCCUGCUACUGAAAGAAAAGAAGCGGGAAAGGAAGACCUCCUCCAAGUCCUCAGUUCGUAAACGCAGAGUUGUCAUUGUAGACCCAGAGACAGGGAAAGAAAUGACUGUGUAUGAGGCCUACAGGAAGGGGCUCAUUGACCAUCAAACCUACCUGGAGCUUGCUGAGCAAGAGUGUGAAUGGGAAGAGAUCACAAUGACCUCCUCUGAUGGUACUGUCAAAUCCAUCAUUAUUGACAGGCGGUCCGGGAGACAAUAUGAUGUUGAUGAUGCUCUUGCACGUGGCCUUAUUGACCAGAAUGCUCUUGAUACAUACCGAUCUGGAAACCUGGCCAUUACAGAAUUUGCUGACAUGCUUUCUGGAAACACCGGAGGCUUCCGCUCACGCUCAUCCUCCUUUGGUUCCACUGCUGGUUCCACAACUGCUUCCACUUACUCUUCUUCAAUGAGCCCCAUACCCUCCAUUAAACCACCUGCAGUCAUAUGGAAUGAUCCAGUAGAGGAAACUGGUCCCAUAGCUGGAAUCUUAGACAUAGACACCCUGGAGAAGGUGUCUAUCACUGAGGCCAUUCACAGAAACUUGGUAGACAACAUCUCAGGCCAAAGACUGUUGGAGGCCCAAGCCUGCACAGGCGGAAUAAUUGACCCCACAACUGGGGAAAGAUUUGCAGUUGCUGAUGCCACAGAAAAAGGCCUAGUGGAUAAAAUCAUGGUUGAUCGCCUCAACCUGGCCCAAAAAGCAUUUAAUGGAUUCGAAGACCCCAAAACAAAAGUAAAGAUGUCUGCAUCCCAAGCUUUAAAGAAAGGCUGGUUGUACUAUGAGGCUGGGCAACGUUUCCUUGAGAUCCAAUAUCUGACUGGUGGACUUAUUGAGCCUGAUGUUGAAAACAGAGUGCCACUAGAUGAAUCCAUAAAGAAGGGCUCAAUUGAUGCCCGAACUGCCCAGAAAUUAAGAGAUGUGAAUUCAUAUUCUAAAUACCUAACGUGCCCGAAGACCAAACUAAAAAUCUCCUACAAAGAUGCCAUGGACAAAAGCAUGGUUGAGGAAGGAACCAGUCUAAGGCUUCUGGAGGCCUCCUCACAGUCUAGCAAAGGCCUCUACAGUCCCUACAAUGCAAGUGGUCCUGGAUCUGCCUAUGGAUCACGGACUGGCUCAAGGACUGGCUCCCGAACAGGCUCUAGGAGAGGCAGUAUCGAUGCUGGCUCUGGCUUCAGCAUGAAUUUCUCAUCGUCCUCCUUCACUUCCUCUUCAUCUGGCUACGGCCGCAGAUUCUAGUUAGCUAGUACUGUUCCUAACAACUUUUCACUAAGACCCAAAAAUAAAUAGUAACAUUAACAAAGAAUAUAUAAUUUAUUUAUUCUGCCCUAGAAAUGGUCACACAGAUUUACCUAUCAUACAGAAUUUUUUUCAUAUAUAAAUGAUGUCUAAACAUUUAUGGAGACAUAACAAGCAUUUAGAUAUAUAAGAUAUUUGUUUCUUUAAUACUGAUCACCAAGUUAAUAUUUUACAAAGCAAAGCAUGACAUUUCUGCUAUUUCUUAAAGUGACCUUAUAGUUUCCAUUUCACACUUGUGAAAAAAGUUGUACACUUGUGCCUUCUAAAACUAAUAUAUACUGUAUGUAUGUCAAAUGGAAAUAUUUUUUCAUAACUAUUUCCUUUGAAAUUCAAAAACAUUUGUCAGUUUUACCAUUUAUCCCAGUCCUACUUAAUGAGAUACUGUUUGUGUUAACUCCGUGUUUUUAAGAGGUUAAAAAAAAGAAUUAGAUUCUUCAAAUAUCUUUUUUUAUGUAAAGAUUAUGAACAUAUUUGUUCAUUUUUUUAAGUUAACUGUGGCCUCACUAUAUAUCAUACCCACUAAGAAUACACAAUUUUGACACUACUAAAGGAGACACUACAGGAGAACACAAAUAUCAAGUGUCGGAAAUGAAAAUAUGCAGACUUUUCUGAAAACAAUUUAAUUUUUUGUACUUUGCAUAUCUUAUCUAGUGGACUUUCACAUCCUUUGACUUCAUUAAUCCAUUGUUUUACACACUCCAAUUUUUGGAAUCUUUAUAUUCACCAUCUUUUAAGUGUCCCCUUUAAAUCCCAAGAUGAUGUCAGAAUUGAUCCUGAUCUACCAUACAGACCUGCUGCCUGUUAUUUUGGUUCUUCUGCCUCAGUCCCUCAAUAUGAUACACACAGAUCCUCAGCUGGUUGGAGAAAACAAUCCCUUCAAUUUGGAUGGUUUAGGGAGUCCAUGUCACCCUCAUCCAGUUAGACAGAUCUGCCUUGUCCUUUCUUCCAUUGCACAUCAUAUUUGAAGAAAACUGAGGCUGAGUCAACCUGACGCCAUCUUGGGAUACUUUUUAGGAACACCUCUCAUUCAUGAAGUUAUUUUCAUAUUUAUUUUUUUUGCAUGCUAAUCGUGCUAUUUAUGCUGACUCAGAAAGCAUACACACAGCAUCAGUCAUUUUAAUUGGGAUUACAGUAGUAUGUUGUAAUAGAACGGCAUGUCUUCAUAAAACUGAACCUGAGUCCACUGAGUAUAUUUUUGUAUUUUCUCUCUGUAAAUGUAAAGCAACCAAAGUGCUAAUAAGAUACAUUUGGUAUUUCAAUUAUUUGAUACAGCACAACAUUGCGUGAAUGUAUGUUUUCUUUUUGUUCAUUUGCUCAUUUCAGUUGAAAUUUUGUCACAUAUUUCUUUUGCAUUGAAGCCUUUUUAGCCUACAGCUAUAUUUCCCACAGUGUUUCUGUUAUGUAUCUCUCAAAUGUUUUACUUCUGUAAAUGUCUUUAAUUUGUUUUUUUAUUUGCUAUGCAUGUUUUACAUUUAGAAAGGAUACUGGGGAAAUAUGUUAGUGUAAAAUAACACAAGAAACUGCAGAUAUCACUGUGCUGAUUUUGAAUUUGACAUAUAGAAGUUCACAAACUAACUGGUCCGCUUUGCUUAUGAGACCGAUAUUGCUUUGAAUGAUGUGGUGAGUGGAUUCUGAUGACUUUCUGAAAAUAACACUAUGUUGUAAAUAAAUAUGCUCUGAAGAGA